GUGCGGACUUAUCGCAAACGUGACCUAAUGAUAAUCAUUUCGAUCAGACGCGCCCGAGAGUUGACGAGUUAGAGCACUUGGGACAAACAGUCAAUCAAAAGGCUCUCAGCGUUGGUUGUUGCUACGUGUUCAUUGGUAAGGUAGCGUAGCAUAGCCUCCAGCCUGAGACCCCGUGGGCGGAUCGCGCUUGUGACGCCCUGGAGCUUGUUUGAUCGCACACUCACCAUCCUUUCUCUUUUCCACAUCUUCCAGCGGGUGCCUCCAGUCUGUUUUUGUUUGCUGUGCCACUUGCUCGACUAUUGCAGCCUCGGCUCUUUGCAUACCACAAUGCGCAUCACACUCAAUAUAUACAACCUCCGGGAGGGCGAAGAUGACAACCUCAUCACCCUGGAGGUCUUCCCCGAAAUGACGGUCGAAACACUCCGCGAAUCCAUCCACGCCGAAAGCAAGGUCGCGCCGCUCUCGCAGCACAUCUACCACAACGGAAAGCUCCUCUCCGACAACUCGAAAACGCUGGAGCAGCUCGAGAUUGCGGAUGGCGAGAUGUUGGCGGUCCACGUACGGGACAUGCGAGGCAGCACAGGCGUUCCAGCCCAGCCAGCUGCAGCUCGACAACCCCAGCAGCCACGCCCACCCCAGGGCGGACAGGCCCAGCCUGAUCCCGAGAUGAUUCGAUUGCAAGUGCUGGGCAACCCUGCAAUGCGCCAGCAAGUGCAAAGCCAGAACCCGGAGCUGGCAGCAGCCUUGGAGGAACCCGCUCGCUUCGCCCAGAUCUUGCGUGACAGCUACGGCCGGGAGCAGAGGGAGCGCCUAGAAAGACAGAGGGAGAUUGAGAGGCUCAAUGACGACCCAUUCAACAUUGACAACCAGAGGCGGAUUGAGGAAAUGAUUCGACAGGAGCGAGUCAUGGAGAACCUCCAGAAUGCCAUGGAGCAUAAUCCUGAAGUCUUUGGCCGUGUUCAUCUGCUCUAUGCUAAUGUCGAGGUGAACGGACACAAGAUCCCUAGGGACAUGGAGGAACAGGUAGAGGGCGAGCCGACGGCCCCAGGGCCAGGCGGCACACAGAUCGGCCAACGCUCCGGUGCGAUCCUCCCAGCGCCUUCGUCACAACCCGAACAGUCAUCAGGUCGCCCGGUUGAGCCUCCGGCAGCACCACCACAGCAGGUACCUGCUCCAGCGGCGCCCGCGCCCGCCCCCGUGUCCGCUCCGGCCGCAGCGUCGAGACCAUCUGAGCCUGGUGUCACCGAAGCCCACGUACAGACACUCAUUUCCAUGGGAGCCGACCGAGCUCGCGCUGUUCAGGCGUUGCAAGCCUCCGGGGAUAAUGUCGACAUGGCCGCCGGCAUCCUCUUCUUCGGCUAAGCCUCGCACCACAAUCUGGACCUAUGAGUUCAAUAGACGGCAAGGGUAUCAGGGUGUUGUCAUCUGGCGCAAAGAAGCAUAAACAUGGCAUGUGGGAUGGCUCAUUGCA